UCGAGCGCCCGCCAUCUUGGCUGCCCAACCCCCGGAAGGGACAGCGAAGGCGGCGGACGGAGAGAGAGGGAGGCCGAGGAGCCGGUUUCCGAGGCGCCGGGCUUCAGAAAGGAGGUGGGCCCAGCAGAGGAUGGGGGGAGCAGCCCCUUCCUGACCCGCCUCAGGGCCUCCAUGGACCCUCGCCCCCCGGUGCUCGGCCAUGCCAUGGGAGUCACCGCCAGGGGAACCACCCUGCCUGUGGACGCAGAAGGGGCCUGCCCUGGGAGCCCCUGCAGACAGGACCAGGCGGCCCCCACCGAGCCCCCAGCAGGGAGUCCCCCCAAGAAGACGAGGGGCCCUGAGGACGAGGAGGAGGAGGCGCCCCAUGGAGCUCUGCCUGCACAGCCAGAGGACAAGAAGGAGGAGGAAGAGGUGACGCCACAGGAGGAGCAGCCAGAUGAGCUCCAUGGCGCAGCGGCCCCCGUCCUGGGACAUCCUGAGGAGGCUCCGGGUGCUGUCGCCCCUCCCCGGCCGAAGGGCCCCCGUGGGAGGAAGCCCCGGAAGGGAGCCCCUGGCCGGAGGGGGGGCCGCCCCAAGUCCUCCGGGGGGGCCGCCACCAGCCCCGGGCCUUCCCUGAACGGCCCCUCCCUCCCGGCCAAGGUGCCCAAGAAGCGUGGGCGCAAAUCCAAGGCGGAGCUGCUCCUGCUGAAGCUGGCGCAAGGACUGGAGGCCCCCGAGCCCCUCCCUCCCGAGGAGGAGAAGAUGAAGGGCCUGGACGCCACGGAGGACGGCCUGGAGACCACGCCUGGGGGGCGCCCGAAGCGGAGAGCGGCCAAAGUGGCCCUUCUCUACCUGCAGGAACUGGCUGAAGAGCUGAGCUCCGUGUGCCAGGCCCCGCCAUGCAGCGAGGCCUCGGAGGAUGCCCCAAAGCCCGAGGAACCCGGCAGGAAGCCGCGAGGACGGAAGCCGCGGCGGGAUACAUCGGAGGAGGACGCGGACUUUGUUCCCCCGGAAGAGGGUCUCCUGCAGGAGGAGGAGGAGGAAGAGGACGAAGAAUACCAGGAGGAGGAGGAGGAGGAAGACGAGGAGGACUUGCUCCUGAGUGAGGCCUCGGAGUCCGAGCUGGAGCCUGGCGUGCAGAGAGCAGUAACGGUGGCACCGGCGCCGAGGCCAAAGACCCACUGCCGAGGCUUCGCUCCCAACGGCCUGCACAACUCCAUCAUGAUUCCUGUGUGGAAAUCCCUCUCCGUCACUCACCAAUUCCGAGAGCGGUUCCACUCUCCCUGGGAGUUUCCGGAGUGGGUGCCCUCUGCCCGGAAGUGGGCCUGCCUCUCGGAGAGUGAAGCAGAGGAGUACCUCCCGAGGGAGACCAAGUCCCCGCUCUUCUCCAUCCGGCGAGAAGGUCUCCAGGAAGAUAGCAGUGUCCUCUACCGGGUCAACAGGUUCAGCGCCUUGCCGCCCCACCCGGAGCGCCUGGACAUGACCUUCUUUGUGGGGGGUCCGGUGUGGGCCCUGGAGUGGUGCCCCACCCCGGAGGGUGCCCUGGCCUCCCAGCACCUGGCCCUCUACUGCCACCCCGGCAUGGAGGACCAGCACCACCUCUCGGGGACCCACCUGGGGCCCGCCCUGCUCCAGCUCUGGGAGGUUGGGGCCCUCCAGCAAGAUGCAGGAUCCGCCACCAAACCAGGACUGGCCUUUGCCAUUGCCACCGACCACGGCUGCAUUUGGGACCUGAAGUUCUGCCCCAGCGGCGCCUGGGAGCCCCCCUCCGUCCGGCGCAAGGCCCCCCAGAUGAGCCGCCUGGGCCUGCUGGCAGCGGCCUUCUCGGACGGACAGGUGCUGCUCUACAGCCUUCCUCACCCGGAGGCCCUGAGGGCCCAACAGACAGCCCAGGUAACAGGCAGCGGAGGCCUCUCUCCUCGGCACGCCAUCUACAAGGUCCAGUGCGUGGCCUCCUUGCAGGUCAGCUCCAUCCAGGCCGAGGGCUCCUCCGCUGAGUGUGGGCAGUGUUUCAGCUUGGCCUGGCUGCCCUCCAGGCCUCACCUGCACCUGGCCGCCUCCUUCUAUGAUGGCACCGUGGCCCUCUGGGACCUGGCCACCACCUCCCUGCUGCUGCGGAUACGCCAGGCGGACGGCUCCCUCCGGCUCUUCCCCUUCCACUCCUUCCUGGCCCACGACCAGGCCGUGCGCAGCAUCCAGUGGUGCAAGGCAGACAGCAAUUUCCUGGUGACAGCUGGGAAUGACCGGAAGAUCAAGUUCUGGGACCUGCGCCGACUGCACGAGCCCGUCAACAGCAUCAAGCGCUUCCUGAGCACAGAGAUAGCCUGGCUGCUCUCCUCCUGCGGGGUCACGGUGGCCCAGGACAACUGCUACGCCCCGUACGGCCUGUGUGGCAUCCACUACCUCGACGCUGGCUUCCUGGGCUUCCGGGCCUAUUUCGUGGCCCCCCGCAAGGGCACCGUCUGGAGCAUCUCUGGUUCCGACUGGCUGAACACAGUGGUCGCUGGGGACGUCACGGGGGAACUGGGGGUGGCCAUGAUGCCCGACCUCUCCCUCGACCCCCACAACGUCAAGCGGCCCUCAGAGCGCAGAUUUCCCGUCUACAAGGCGGACCUCUUGCCCCGCAGCUGCCCCCUCCCCAGCAGAGAGGGCCCUGGAUCGGGGCCUGCGGGGGCAGGAGAGAGGCCCCGGGCACCGGAGGGCAGGAGCUACAGCCAGGCAGUGGCCCAGAGUUACCUCCUCUUCCAGGACACGGAUCUGAGGAGCUUCAAGAGCUUCCGCCGAAAGACCCGCAAGCACCAGCAUCACGGCUUCCCUGAAGCCAAGGAGGGAAUCAUCCUGGGGAGGCUGCAGCUGGAGGCCGUCCACAAGGUGUGCUUCAGCCCCAACCUGUCCUGCCACAGCUGGGUGGCCUCGGGCGGCCACUCGGGCCUGGUGCGGCUGCACUGCCUCCGCGCCCUGGUCUCCCCGCCCAGCCACAAGCUGCAGAAGGAGUGCCAGGCCCAGUUUGGCGCCAUGACCCAGGCGGACGGAGAGCGGGGCACCUGCCUGGACAGCCCUUUGGCCCCCGCAACAGUGUCCUCGGUGGCCGUCAGCUGAAGACUCGGGAGGACCCUCGGGGCUCAACGCAGCGAGGGGGGCCUCGGCAGAGCAGACUGGGCCCACGAGGGGGUCGCGUCGAAGCCGGCAGCUGGGCUGCAAGUGGCGGGAGUCCGGGGCGGAGGGGCCAAAGGGACUGCCGGAAGAGGCUUGGACUGGAGUCCGGCUGCAGCCUCUGGUUCCGGCCUCCCUCCCUGGCCGCUGGCCCCGUGUGAGGAAGCGAGGAAUGGGAAGGAAGCCUCCCUUGGCUGGACCAGAAGAGGAGGAAGAAGAGGACGGGGGGCCAAGGACCAGGAGCCCAAGCCUGGCCCAGCCCUCCAUUGGGGGCACAGCCUUGCUCACAUUGAGCGCCUGCCUUUCUUCUGUUAACUGUUAUUAAAGUGAAUGUGUUUUGUAAAA